GAAACAAAAAAAAGUUGGGGGCUUGAGAUUUCACUCUUUUUCGAUCAUUACAUCCUCCUACGCAGAUUUCUUCACUAGUCUUACCAAUUAGUCUGGAAUUGGACAAUCUAGAACCACAAGGAACCUUUCAACGCUUCUGAAUAAGAAUCCGAAGAAAAGAUGGCUCCCAAACGGAAGGUGGAUGACGACUUCGUCAUGACGUUGUCCGACGACGAGAACGACACGCCCAAUCAGCUUGACGAGGAAGGUGACAACGACGAAUUCGCCUCGAAGAGGACCGACGCUGCGACGAAAAAGCGCAAGAGGGAGGAGCCGGCCGACACCAAGAACAAGAAGGUGAAGCAGCAGCAGGAGAACAAGAAGCAGGCCAACAAGUCGUCGAAGAAAGGCUCGAAGCAGGCUGCGCAAUUGGAGCCGGAAGAGGAGGACAGCGAAGAGGACAGCGAAGAUGAGGAGGCCGAUGCCGCUGAGGAUGAUGGGGCCCUGAACCCCGACUUCGAAUUCGAUGUGGGAGGGGUUGCGAAUGAGGUGACUGAGUUCGAUGGGUGGGCGCAGAAUGUGCCUGACGAGGAGACGGCAAGAAAGGGCGACAAGAAAGCGGUUGACAUCGAUGAGAUCAUUGAGAGGCGGCAGGCAAAGAAAGAGGCUGCGGCGAAGAAAAAGCAGAAGAGGCAGCAGGUGGCUGAGGAGGAUGAUAGUGGAGAUGAGUCGGAUGGGGGCAUGUCCGUCGAUUUCGGCGAUGAUGAGCUGAUGGCGGAGGAUGGCUUCGGCAUGGGCGCUGAUGGCGAGGAUGAGAGUGGAAAUGAAAAUGCGGACUCAGACUCAGAAGAGGAGGCCGAGGAGGACGACGAAGAAGCUAACGAGGAUGAUGAGGAUGAGGACGAAGAUGAGGAAGCUGCUUCCGACGACGACUCCGUCGCUACUCCUGUCGCGCACCCUGACGAUGUGGGCGCUGACGAGGAAUCUGAUGCGGAGAGCGAAGUUGACGCUGAAGAAGUAGCCAAACGCAAGGCAUUCUUCGCCCCCGAGGAGAAGACUGAGACCUCUGCUGUCAACGCGAAACGAUCUUUCCAGGACUUCAACCUGUCGCGACCUAUCCUUCGUGGUCUGGCUGCGGUCAACUUCUCCAACCCGACCCCCAUCCAGCAGAAGACCAUCCCCGUUGCGCUUCUCGGAAAGGAUAUCGUUGGCAGUGCCGUUACUGGUUCCGGUAAGACGGCUGCCUUCGUCGUUCCCAUUCUCGAACGUCUGCUCUUCCGUCCGCGCAAGGUCCCUACCAGCCGUGUCGCGAUUCUGAUGCCCACUCGCGAGUUGGCAGUCCAGUGUUACAAUGUGGCCACCAAGCUGGCCACCUACACCGAUAUCACCUUUUGUCAGUUGGUUGGUGGUUUCAGCCUGCGUGAGCAGGAGAACAUUCUCAAGAAGCGGCCCGACGUGAUUAUUGCCACCCCGGGUCGUUUCAUCGAUCAUAUGCGCAACUCGCCUAGUUUCACGGUUGAUACACUCGAGAUUCUGGUGCUCGAUGAAGCCGACCGCAUGCUCGAGGACGGUUUCGCUGACGAACUGAACGAGAUCUUGACUACUAUCCCUAAGUCCCGCCAAACCAUGCUCUUCUCCGCUACGAUGACCGACACCGUCGACAAGCUUAUCCGCGUCGGUCUGAACCGUCCCGUGCGCCUGAUGGUCGAUUCGAAGAAGAACACGGCCUUGACGCUGACCCAGGAAUUCGUGCGUCUCCGCCCUGGUCGGGAAGACAAGCGCCUGGGUUACCUGCUGUAUCUGUGCAAGGAAAUUUACACUGGACGAGUGAUCGUCUUCUUCCGCCAAAAGAAAGAGGCCCACCGCGUCCGCAUUGUUUUCAGUCUGCUUGGGUUGAAAGCUGCCGAGCUUCACGGUAGCAUGAGCCAAGAACAGCGUAUCAAAAGCGUGGAGAGCUUCCGUGACGGCAAGGCUGCCUUCCUCCUGGCCACCGACCUGGCGUCUCGUGGUCUGGAUAUCAAGGGAGUGGAAACGGUCAUCAACUACGAAGCCCCGCAAAGUCACGAGAUCUAUCUUCACCGUGUCGGUCGUACCGCGCGUGCCGGUCGCUCGGGUCGGGCCUGCACGAUUGCGGCCGAGCCAGACCGCAAGGUGGUGAAGGCCGCCGUCAAGGCCGGCAAGGCGCAAGGUGCCAAGAUCGCCAGUCGAGUGAUCGACCCUGCGGUUGCGGAUUCAUGGGCGGCGAAGGCCGAAGGAUUAGCCGAUGAGAUUGAGGAAGUUCUGGAAGAGGAGAAAGUGGAAAAGCAGCUGGCACAAGCUGAGAUGCAGGUGACCAAGGGAGAGAAUCUGAUCAAGCACGAGGCCGAGAUCAAGUCCCGGCCCAAGCGGACGUGGUUUGAAACCGAGAAAGACAAGCGCGCAGCUCGCAAGCUGGGCGCAGAGGCAUUGAACGGACCCGGUCAGUCGAAGAAGGAGAAGGUGAAGCUGAGCAACAAGGACAAGAAGAAAUUGGAUGACUCCAGACAGCGCUUGGAGGGCAAUGCCGGCUGGAAGAAGGGCAAGAGCAUGCGAGAGUCGCAAAAGAAUGGGAGAGUCCCGACUGAGAAGAAGGGCAAGAAGGGAAAAAAAUGAGGGUGGUGAUGAUGACGAUGAUUGAAGCCUGUUGAGUGUACUUAGUGUAUAUACCUUUUUCC